AUGCAUGUCCAUCUACCUUAUUUGCUUGAAAGCUACUCUACCUUUUCCACUCAACGUUUCUUUACCCCAUUCAAAUUUGACGACCUGUCCCCGAAUGAUAACAGUGCAAGUGAAGCAUUAGAAAAAGUUACCCUCCUUCUCGGUGGGUCGAUUCCAAGCACCUUUGACAAUGCGUCAAUUUUAAUUGACGGGGAGCCGCUUUCAUAUCGAGGACUGGUGUCGGGGUUUGUUAAAAAAGACAACGAAUGCACCUUUUGUGGCGUUAUUUCCUUUGAACGAUAUUACAUUCCGUACUCCAUUUACAAAGGAAGAUUUUCCUAUGUGAUUAAAAACACCGAUUUAUUUUCUUCCUAUAAUGUGUCUUUGUUGGACAUUAUUCCCUGGGAAAUAAAAUGCUGGUAUCAUACGCUCGGAUUUGAUACCCCAAGGCCAUUUAGCGAAUUUGUUUCCAAAAUGUUCUCGCGAAAGUCAUCCCUUUUUUCAAAUGUGAAAAUCCAUCCCUCUAGCGUUAGGGAAUAUCCCUCGAUUAUAGAAAUCAGCGACCUCCUUGUUCCUGCAAAUACUACCAUUAGGAUAACAAUGGAAGCAGACAAAAGGUUCUUAAGAUAUACCGAGUUUCCUUUGGACGCACAUAGAGGUUUAGAAAUCGGGUUUGGCUAUUUCAACUAA